AUGCCCUUCGGGUUGAAGAACGUCGAAGCUACUUAUCAGAGGUUAGUAAACAAGAUGUUUCAAAGUCAGAUUGGUAGAAAUGUUGAGGUGUACAUGGACUAUAUGUUGGUAAAAAGCAUCCAGGCAACCAAACACAUAGAAGAUCUCCGAGAGACUUUCCAGACACUAAGGAAACAUAAGAUGAAGCUUAAUCCCAUGAAGUGUGCAUUCGGGGUUUCUUCAGGAAGAAUUGCGGCCUUGAAUUGGUUCAUCUCACGGUCAACAGAUAAAUGCAUUCCCUUCUUUAAAAUUUUGAGAAAAGCUUUUACAUUGAGUGAGGAGUGUGAGGAAGCGUUCGGAAAGUUGAAGGAAUACUUGAUGAAUCCUCCAUUGUUGAGCCGCCCAACUGAGGGGGAGAUACUUUAUCUCUAUUUGGCUGUAUCUCCCUCGGCGGUAAGCUUGGCCUUGGUUAGAGAAGAUGCAAGAAUUCAAAAACUAGUUUACUUUACGAGUAAGGCAUUUCAUGGAGCAGAAGAGAGAUAUCUUCGGAUCGAGAAGUUAGCAUUUACUCUAGUUGUCUCGGCUCGAAGAUUAAGGCCAUAUUUUCAGGCUCACACUAUCCGAGUCUUAACCGAAUAUCCAAUGGGGAAGGUUUUGCAAAAGCCUGACCUCUCAGGGAGAUUAGUCAGCUGGGCGGUGGAACUCGGACAGUUCGACAUCGAGUUUCACCCUCGGACAGCUAUCAAGGGGCAGGUUCUAGCAGAUUUCUUGGUAGAAUUUUAUAGUAUCCUCAAAGCAGAAGAACUUCCCAAAGAAUCGACCUGGAUUGUGCAUGUGGAUGGGUCCUCGGCAUGGAGCAGAAGCGGGGUGGGAGUCAUCCUCAGGAACCCCAAAGGCCAAGAGUUCGGAUUUGCCAUAAAACUGGAUUUUGUCACCACCAACAACGAAGCAGAAUAUGAAGUGGUAAUAUCAGGCUUGGCACUGUCCCAAGAGAUGGGAGCAACAAAUGUUGAAAUACGAAGUGAUUCUCAAGUGGUGGUGGGCCAAGUUCAAGGACAGUUUGACACGCAAGAAGAUCGAAUGGCCAGGUAUCUGGACCAGGUACGCAAGUUCCAAUCUUAUUUUGACAGGGUUGUUGUGACAAAGAUACCCAGGGAAGCAAAUACCCGAGCAGUUGAGCUCUUAAAGAUAGUUGCGGCAACAGACGAGGAGAUUGAGGCCUCAAGAUGGCAAAUUAUUGUUCUGAUCGAGCCAUCCAUAACUCCGAAAGUUAACAUUAUGCAAGCAGAUACAGCUCCGACUGAACCAAAAUCGGCUACUAAGAUCAUUCAGUUUCUAAAAAAUGUGACAUUACCUCAAGACAAGGCUGCGGCUCGAAAGAUCAAAAACCAAGCAACUCGAUUUAGUUUGCUCGGAGAAGUACUCUACAAAAGAGGAUACUCCGAACCCCUACUGAAAUGGCUUUCCAAGACCGAGGUGGAGUAUGUGUUGAAAGAAAUCCAUGAAGGCAUGUGCGGAAACCAUUCGAGAGGACGAAUGCUGGCAGAAAAGACCAUCCGAGCAGGUUAUUAUUGGCCAUCAAUAAGCAAAGAUUUAGCCCGAGUUGUGAAGCAUUGUGACAAGUGCCAGAGAUUCUCAAGAAUCAUGAAGACAACACCUGAGAAGCUUACUCCCAUUACUUCUCCAUGGCUUUUUGCGAAAUAG